UCUGUGCGUGAAGUCAGAGGGGAGAAGACGGAACGAACCGCGAAAAAAAAACAAAAACCAAAACAACAAAACACGGUGAUUGUUUGUCCUGGACUGGUUUCAAAACAAAGCCGGGACAUGGAGGUCAGCGCCGAGGCCAAGAGGAUCAUGGUCGUGGCUUUGGGGAAACUGUACAGCUCCCGCACCCAGAGAGGAGGUCUGCGCCUGCACCGGAGCCUCCUGCUCACCCUGGUCAUGAAGUCCGCCCGGGACAUCUACCACGCGGCCCAGGCGGAGAGCGCAGCGCCGGGAUGUGAACACCAACAACAACCUGCGGCGGAGGUGGUCACCACGGAGCCGCUCGGAGCUCAGGACCUCCAGGUUUCUCCUCCCAGCCGGACUUUACCAGAGGAGAAAGUCGCAGCUUCCUCCACGGAGACGCGUAAAAGCGCAGCGGACAAGGAGAACCGGUGCCCGGCGGCGCAGCACACCAGGAAGCGGCGGGGCAAAGCGGCCGCCGAGCCGGACUUUCUGCCGUGUAAGAAGGCGAAGCUGGAGCAGGUGAACUGCCCUCAGCAGCUCCUGGUCAGUGCCGUUCUGGUGGACUAUGUGAAGUGUGGCAAUGAACUCGGAAACCCCAUUCCCCUACAGAGAGCCAUCGCAGCGUGUUGAAACCAGGCGCACACUGGAGGCGAUGAAGUUUUCCCUGGACGCGGCCUGGAGGAGCCUGACGGCGGCCACAGCGCGCCUCGUCCAUGGCCUGGGGUUUUGGAUGAACGCCCUGCAAAGAGCGUCCCAAAAGUCCCAGAUAGGACUGAGAACAAGUCUGGACUUGGUACACGGAAGCAGCCGGCUGGUGCGUAACAGCCCCGCUGACUUUUGGCCUAUUUAUGACUUAAGCUGGCCAAAGGUGGAACUGAAGGAUCGAGCCUUUCUUGAACAUUUACGCACAGUCUGGGUUGUUGCUCUACACUGCAAAUGUACAUUAUAGGAGCGUGUUCGUGUCUGACACGCUGACUGAAGAGGGGAAAGGUGUAAACAUUCAAUGACUACAACUACCUCAGUAUUUAUUAAAUGUUUUUGUACUAAAUCUGA